ACUUCAUCACGGUUUAGCAGAUCAACGAGACAAUUUUCCGUCUGGUAUCUGCAAAGCGAUAAGAUUACCUAUAUUAUUUGCAUGUUGUAUUAUUAAUAUUGAUAAAAGCAGAAUCGCGUGUACUUGUGCUCGGUUGGUUUAGUUUCAAAAUAUGGGAGACACAUUCUUGUCAUACGCGAACACCUUUAUCUCUGUGAUAUAGAUAAACGAUCGACAAGAUCAUUGUGCUCGCGUUGAAACCUUUAUUGGCAAGAAUCGGGGAGAACCGAUCGCGAAAAAAAAAAUCGGUAUUAGAUUCCAACAUAGCGAACUCGGCGAUUGUUCAUUACCAUUAUUUUGCUCGUGAUUUUCUUUAUAUUCUAUUGUAGUUGUCCUGUCGCGUGACUCGUCAUGUCCUGGAAGUUGGGACUUUUGUUUACUUGCGCUGUUGUUUUCCGUGGCUGCCACGCGUUCGUGGCUAGGCAGCAUGAACACUUCGAGCUAUCCAUCAUACAUAUCAACGAUUUUCACGCAAGAUUUGUAGAGACCAGCGCCACGUCCAGCACCUGCCACAAGGGACACGAGUCCAAGUGUGUCGGCGGUCUCGCGCGUGUGUUAACGGCCAGCCAACAACUGUUGAAUGAACGGCCCAACGCUAUUUUUCUCAACGCCGGGGAUAAUUACCAAGGCACGCUCUGGCACAACGUUUAUCGUUGGAACGCAAGCGUUCACUUUUUAAAUAAAUUAUCCCACGAUGCUAUGACAAUCGGAAAUCACGACUUUGACGAUGGUAUCGCGGGACUUGUCCCCUUCCUGAAACGAGCUAAUGCACCAAUUGUUGUGGCAAACAUAGAUGACAGCCUAGAACCAACAAUCCAAAAUUACUACAAGAACAGCACGAUUAUCACGAGGGGAAACCGGAGAAUCGGCGUAAUUGGCGUGAUUAUACAGAGCACCAACAUUCUGUCCAAUACCGAGAAGUUGAAGUUUCUGGACGAAAUCGAGUCGGUGAAUGCCGAAGCCACGAGACUGAAGGCCAAGGGAGUCGACAUAAUCAUAGUUUUGAGCCACUGCGGCCUGGACGUGGACCGAAAAAUCGCUGCCAAUUGCCCGGAUAUCGACGUCAUCGUUGGCGGUCACAGCCACACGUUUUUGUACACUGGUCAGCCACCAUUUAUUGACCAUCCAAUAGACGAGUAUCCGGUUGUUGUCAAGCAGAAUCGAACUGACCGGACGGUACUGAUAGUUCAAGCGGCGGCUUUCACAAAGUAUUUGGGGAACUUGACGGUGUGGUUCGACUCGCGAGGCGAAGUCGCCGACUGGGAGGGAAAUCCGAUAUUAUUGGACACGACGAUCGAACAAGAUCCCGAAUUUCUCGAAGAACUGAAACCGUGGCAGAAAACUAUAGACGCAAUGAGUCAAGUCGAGGUGGGCGUGACAAUUGGCUACUUGAACGCCACUUGCCGUAUCGGCGAAUGUAACAUGGCCAAUCUGAUAACAGACGCUAUGGUUCAUGCGUAUGUCAAUAAAUCAGAUAAUCCAAAUUAUUGGACGUACGCCGCCAUAAGUUGCACAAACGCUGGGGGCAUAAGAAAUAGCAUAUCACCUGGUCUGAUUACUUAUGGUGACGUAGCUACUGUGCAGCCGUUCGACAACACGUGGGACGUAGUCGAACUGAAGGGCGAGGAUCUCCGCACUGCGCUAGAAGAAUCCGUGUCGCGCAGUUACUCCGAAAAAAUUUUCAGUGGAGCUGGUUUCCUUCAUUGGGCCGGUGUUAGAGUCGUGUACAACGUCAGCCAACCUGCCUACUCUCGUAUCGUAGACGUAAAAGUCAGAUGCCAAGAUUGCGCGGAGCCGAAAUUCGGAGAUCUGAUGCAUGAAAAAUGGUACCGAGUGAUCGUGCCGUCUUUCGUGAUGAACCGAGGCGACAACAUGACAACCGUAUUCAAGAAACAUCGUAAUCAUCAGUUCGGCGGUCUCGAUGUACCGCAAAUCGUGGAUUACAUUAAAGCCAUCACGCCCUUUAAAUACGAACUUGAGCAAAGAGUUGUGUUACUCGGCAAGUGCUGCGGUUAGAUAUAUGACCAUAGGCAAAUUAAAAGAUGUGGUUAUCGUUGUUGUCUCUUUUAACGUGAUAAAUAAUAAAAAUGGAUGAAUUUUUGUAAAAAAUUGUAACGCAUCGAAACAUGAUUGGCAAGAAAUAAAAUAUGCAUCGAUGAAAUCAAUAAACCA